CCGGACCUCCCUGGCGGCGCCGCCUCAACCCCCGCCGCCUCUGGCUCCCGCAAAAGCACGCCCAAGGAGCCCGUCCUUCUCCUCCCCCGCCGCUCCACCGGACGCGCGUGCAGUGAAGAUCUACCCGAGACGCCGUUCUUCCCGCGAGAGCGCGCGAAGAGGGGAACCACACCGUAAGCGCCAUGUCUGUGUCGGCGGGGGUUAGCGAUUCCGCCAUCGCGGUGCGCGACAAGCUCCGCGGCAAGAUUGGCCAGACCAAGGUGAAGCGCUACUGGGCGGGAAGGGCGCCCGAGUGGGGCGGAGAGGCCGAGGACGACAUCGAUAUUCGGACGGCCAGGGUUUCCCUCGACAAGACCUUCCCCAAGCACGACGACGGCGAUGGCGACCGCUCCCCCAAGGAUGACCCGCGGCUCCGGCGCCUCGCCGAGACCCGGGCGGAGAACAAGGAGGAGCUGAGGGCCGAUCACCGCCGCAUACGGCAGGCCGAGAUCGUCUCCACCGCGGAGGAGGAGAGGGACAGGCAGGUGGCCGAGUUGGAGGAGGAGGAUGACGAGGAGGCCCAGGAGGAGAGGAGGAGGAGGAUAAGGGCCAAGCAGCUCUUGAGGGAGCAGCAGGAGGAGGAGCUGCUUCCUCAGGAGGAUGAGGAACCAGUAUUAGAUGAUGAUGUGGACGGAGACGAAUCUGAGUACGAGACUGACUCGGAGGACGAGCAGAUGGGCAUGGCCAUGGUGAAGCCUGUCUUCAUACCAAAGUCGCAGCGUGACACUAUCGCCGAGCGCGAGCGGCUGGAGGAGGAGGAGCGGCAGCUGGAGGAGCUUGUCAAGAAGCGGCUGGAGGCUAGGAAGAUUGAGUCUAGGAAGAUCGUCGUGGAAGAAAUUAAGAAGGACGAACACGUUCAGAAGGCGCUAAACGAGGAGGCUAGCACCGAGGAUGUUGAUACAGAUGAUGAGUUGAACGAAGCAGAGGAGUACGAGUCAUGGAAGAACCGUGAAAUUGCACGGAUUAAGAGGGACAGGGAGGAAAGAGAUGCAAGGCUCAAGGAGAAGGAAGAGAUUGACAAGGUGAGGAAUAUGACCGAGGAGGAGCGCCGGGAAUGGGACAAGAAGAAUCCUAAACCUUCUCGUAGUUCCAAACAGAAGUGGAACUUCAUGCAGAAGUAUUACCACAAGGGCGCCUUCUUCCAGGAAAGCGUUGAUGACGUCAGUCAAUCAGUUGGCAGAGAUGCUAUCUACACCCGUGAUUUCUCUGAGCCUACUGGAGAAGAUAAGAUGGACAAGAGCAUCUUGCCUAAGGUCAUGCAAGUUAAGCACUUCGGUCGGAGUGGCAGGACCAAGUGGACACAUCUUGUUAAUGAAGACACCACUGAUUGGAAUGCACCAUGGGCUACAAAUGGGCCGCUGCGAACAAAAUAUACUGCAAAAAUGGCAGGCAUGGGACCUAUUGCUAAACCAAAGGGAAGUAAGAAGAUGAAGGAUUGGGAUACAAAACAAGAUGAUUAAAUAUUUGUUUGUUGGCUGAGCUGGUACGCUGAAUAUUGGUGCUUAUGCAGAUGUUUUUCUUCUUUAUGUUGAUCGCAUAAGAAACACAUGCCAUUAUUUGUUAAUGUAGCCGACUAGCCGUGCUUUCUUUAGUCUUGUACUCUCUUGUGAUGCUUUGUCAGAGAAAUAUUCUGUACAUAUGUUAAUUUUGACAUAAUUGUACGAGCACACUCUGCAUUGUUGCUCGCC